UAUUUCUCCGAUUACUUGCAGCCCUAGCAAGAGCGAGCGAGAGCAUUCGCCAAUCGCAGUGACUUCUGAUUUCAAACGCGUGUGUUAAAACGAAUUAGCACUACACUUAACGUUUUUGUGUUAGUAUUCGUCCAAAAUCACGACGGCGACGCACAGUGUCAUCAAUACCAACUAAUUUUGCAAAUUUGGCUUCUGCCGCAUUAACAAUCUUUGAAUUGUGUGUUAAAAUAGUUUGCGGUUGAAAAGAAUAUGCAUUUAUACUAAACUACACAGUGGUGGAAAGGCAACGAAACCAAACGGAAAAAAUUUAAUUACACCUUAAUAAAAUAUAACAAAGAGAACUCUAACUCCACUCCAUAAAAUACAUACGAAUUAUAAACGAUAGCGAUUAUUGCUUUUGAUAAUGACGUUGACGAUCAAGUUGAUGCUGCAAUAGUUGGGAAUGCAACAUUUGGAGCUGAAGAUCAGUUGGAUCACUUGAACACAAUGCGCGAAGCGCUUUUUUCUCAGGAUGGCUGGGGUUGUCAGCAUGUCAACCAGGAUACAAACUGGGAGGUACCAAGUUCUCCGGAGCCAACCAACAAGGAUGCAUCUGGACCGCCUAUGUGGAAGCCGAGCGUCAACAAUGGCACAGAUCUUUGGGAGUCGAACUUAAGAAACGGUGGCCAGCCGCCAGCUCAACAAAUUCCGAAGCCCUCUUGGGGUCACACGCCAUCCUCCAACCUAGGCGGUACGUGGGGAGAAGACGAUGACGGGGCGGAUAGUAGUAGUGUCUGGACUGGAGGAUCCGUUAACAACACUGGAUCUGGUGCAGCCGUUGGUGUAAAUCCAAGUGGAGUCAACGUAGGCCCCGCUGUUGUUCCCUCUGCUGGCCCUCAGUGGGGUCAGGGUGUUGUUGGAGUUGGCGUUGGACUAGGAUCAACUGGUGGAAGCGGCUCAAGCAAUAUAACUGGAACAAGUGGAAUUGGAGCUGGAGGUGGAAAUAAUGCCGGCAAUACUGGCAACGGGUGGGGAGAUCCUCGCGAAAUACGGCCACUGGCCGGAGGCGGCGGAGGACCUAUGGACAUUCGAAAUGUCGAUCAUCGCGACGCAUUACGCGGUGGUGGCAGUGCUGGAGCUCCAUCCGGGGAUCCUCGUGACAUUCGCAUGAUUGAUCCGCGCGAUCCUAUUCGCGGGGAUCCCCGUGGAAUAUCUGGCAGACUCAAUGGCACUUCAGAGAUGUGGGGCCAUCAUCCACAGAUGUCCCACAACCAACUACAGAACAUGAACAAAAUGGUUGGACAAGUUUCCGGCUCAAAUGUUGGACCGUCAUCCGGUCCCGGAAUUGGCCCCGGUGGUCCGGGUCCUGGUGGCGUCUCCGGUACCGUAUCAACAAAUAUUGCAACCCAGUGGGGACCGACCCAAACGGUGGGAGUGGGCGGGGGCGGUACGAAGGACAAGAUAAGUGGUUGGGAGGAACCAUCGCCACCUCCACAGCGCCGCAAUAUUCCAAAUUACGAUGACGGGACGUCUCUGUGGGGCCAACAAACACGUGUUCCUGGCGGCGGGGGCGGCGGCGGUCACUGGAAAGACAUGACCGACUCUAUUGGCCGUAAUCACUUGAUUCGAGGACAAAAUCAAUCUGUUGGUAUCGGUAUUGCAGGCGUUGGCGUUGGCAAUACAAAUGUUCCAGUUGGCGGCAAUCCCAACAAUCCCAUGACCAGUGUAGUGGGGCCUCAGACGCGUCUCUCAUCCGUGAGUGGCGUGCAGCACAAGCCAGAUGGAGGUACAAUGUGGGUACAUUCGAACAACGUCAGUGGCAGAAACACAGUUCCGGGCGUUACAGCAUGGGGAGAUGACAGUCAUAACGUUGGUGGUCCCGGCGGCGGGUCUGUAUCUGGCAGUAACUGGGUUGAUGACAAAUCCAGCGCAGGACUCGCACAAAACUCAUGGAGCGACACCUCGUCCGUCGGUGUUGGCUGGGGUAACAAGCAGAGUAAAUUGCCAUCAGCAAGUGGCUCAUCAGGUUGGAGCACGUCGUCAAGUGUUGGCGUUGGUGUAGUGGACGGUGACCUCGGAUCCGAUUGGAACGCACACGGUGGCAUUGUGGGCAAAUCACAGCAACAACAACAGCAAAAGCUGGCUGGCCUCAAUGUGGGAAUGGUUAAUGUGCUCAACACGGAGAUGAUAAAGCAAAGCAAGCAGUAUCGCAUUCUGGUCGAAAAUGGAUUUAAGAAAGAGGACGUGGAACGGGCCCUAGUAAGUGCCAAUAUGAACAUCGAGGAAGCGGCUGACAUUCUCCGGGCCAAUUCAUCUUUGGCCAUGGAUGGCUGGCGUCGGCACGAGGAGAGUCUCGGCUCCUACUCCGAUCACUCUAGCUCAACGAGCAGCGGUGGCUUUGCUGGUCGCUACCCAGUGGGCGCUGCGCAACCUUCGAUGUCAUUCCCUCCUAAUAAUCUUAUGAAUAGCAUGGGCGGUGCUCCAGUGACAGGAAGUGGAAACAACAAUCCCAACAUGGCCGCCAUGCAAGUGCAAAAGUAUUUGAGUCAGGGCCCGCACGGCGUCGCCGUUGGCCCUCAGGCCGUGGGCAAUCCAUCCGCGGUGUCGGUGGGAUUCGGACAGAGUUCAUCAAACGCAGCAGUGGCUGCAGCAGCCAGUGUCAAUAUUGCAGCUAACACAAAUAAUCAACCGUCUGGUCAGCAAAUACGCAUGCUGGGCCAGCAGAUUCAAUUGGCCAUCCACAGUGGUUUCAUAUCCAGUCAAAUAUUGACUCAACCGCUCACACAAACUACCUUAAACCUGUUGAAUCAACUCCUUAGCAAUAUAAAGCAUCUCCAAGCAGCCCAGCAAUCUCUGGCUAGAGGCGGCAAUGCCAAUCCAAUGGCAGUGAAUGUUGCCAUCGCUAAAUACAAGCAACAAAUUCAGAAUCUACAAAACCAAAUAAAUGCACAACAAGCCGUUUAUAUAAAGCAGCAAAAUCUACAACCGAAUUCGCAGCAGCAGCAGCAGCAGCAACAACAACAACAACAACAACAACAACCACAACAGCAACAUCCAACAGCACACCUGAACAACUCUGGCAAUGACUAUAUGAGAAGUCACGAUGCAAUAAAUAACCUGCAAGGCAACUUUUCUGAGCUCAAUCUUAAUAAGCCAAGUGGAUACCAAGGCGCAUCCAAUCAGCAGUCCCGCUUAAAUCAGUGGAAACUUCCAGUAUUAGAAAAGGAUAUAAAUGCUGAUAGCACAGACUUUUCGCGGGCUCCAGGUGCGACUAAGCAAAAUUUAUCGAGCAAUUCAAACAAUAUGGGCUCUUUGGGCCUGCAAAAUGAUGGUACAUGGUCAACUGGGCGCAAUAUUGGUGACGGUUGGCCGGACCCCUCAUCUGAUAACGAGAAUAAAGACUGGUCAGUUGCACAGCCAAGUACAGCAGCACCUGCUUACACCGACCUGGUGCAAGAGUUCGAGCCAGGCAAGCCGUGGAAGGGUUCUCAGAUCAAAAGCAUAGAAGACGAUCCCAGCAUAACUCCCGGCAGCGUUGCUAGAUCUCCAUUGUCCAUUAAUCCGACGCCAAAAGAUGCUGAUUUAUUUGCCAAUACUGGCAAAAAUUCGCCGACUGAUCUGCCGCCUUUAAGUUUGUCAUCGUCAACGUGGAGUUUUAAUCCCAAUCAAAAUUUUCCAAGUUGGUCAGACAACAAUCAGCAGUGCGCAUCCACCUCUGAGCUGUGGACAAGUCCCCUAAAUAAAGCAUCGUCUCGAGGACCACCACCUGGAUUGACUACUAAUGCCAAUAAGUCUGGCAACGGAGUAAGUGGCGUCACUUCAACAUCAUCAACGAUCGCCGGCAGUGCCAAUGGCUGGUUGCAGACGCGAAGUGGUGUCCCAACUACAAAUACAACUUGGACUGGAGGCAAUACUUCAUGGAGUUCUAGUUGGUUGCUUCUGAAAAAUCUUACAGCUCAGAUUGACGGUCCUACCUUACGUACCCUGUGCAUGCAGCAUGGCCCCCUUGUCAGCUUUCACCUAUACUUAAACCAAGGAAUUGCCUUAUGUAAAUAUACAACGCGGGAAGAGGCGAGCAAGGCGCAAAUGGCUUUGAAUAACUGUGUUCUCGGCAACACAACAAUUUUUGCUGAAACUCCGAGUGAGAAUGAGGUACAGAAUAUCUUACAACAUUUGCCGCAAGUCCCAUCCUCAACCAACUCUGCUAUUGGAAGUAGCGUCGGCAGUAGCGUUGGUACAGCACCUGCUACUAGCAGUUCGGUGUCCAGCCUAUCUGGAAACAGUAGCAACGGAAAUGGCAACGGAAACGGUGGCGGCGGCGGCAGCGGCAAUAGCAGCAUCAGUGGCAGCAAUCCAAGCACAAGUGUGGCAAAUUCGAAUCUACUUAGUACAAGCGGUGGGGCGGUCCCCAAUUCCGGUGGUGCUGGCAGCUCUGCAACGGCUCCAGUCGGCAGCAGUACGGUGAACAGCAAUUCCGUGAAUGGUUCUGCAGGUUCCGGAAAUAGUGCCGGUUCCAAGAGUACCGCAAAUAAUAUAACAAUUAGUGGUGGCCAGUCCGGCGCAUCUGGUUUAACCAAUAGCAACAGCUCCACGUGGCGUCAGACUACUCAAAACCAACCAUUGUCCGGGCAAAGUAGGCCAACAGGCAGAGAAGCUGACUAUGAUUAUAUAUCUCAAUUUGUUUGUUCCAUUGUUGAUGAUUAAAAAUCGAUGACUAUCGGUCAUUAACCAUCGACUAUCACAUUCUGUGACUCAAGACACACACCCAAAAGCUUCAAAUGAUUCGAUACUAAGUAUGUAUGGAAAGCAAGACCAUGUUGUGAAGUAUAUAAAAAAUGGAUCGACUGAUAGACGAAUGGACUUAGAUUUUUGUAUGCCCGUAGAUUUAUUUUUCUUCAUCGUUCAUAGAGUUAAACUUGUAUAUUUAAGUUACAAUUUAAUUAAGGAAAAACCCGAAAAAAACAUGCUGUCAAAAAAAAAAAAAAUGAAAUACUUGAAUCGUUUGAGUAACAAACAUGAGCAUACCUUCCUAUUUGAGUGCAAGUAUUCAGAAUCUUAAGCGCCAAUUGCUUAUAGUGGGAAAUGAAUUGGGGAAUUCUAAACCAUAUUUAUACAUUAAAAUUCGUUUUAUGCGUUUAUAUAUAUAUAUGUAUAUAUAUAUAUACAUACAGACGAAUUUUCUUAAGUCUACUUUAGAUUUGAGAUAUAUAUAUAUAUAUAUAAAUAUAUAUUGUGUACAUAUGUUUUAAGUCUAUGUCCCCUUGUGCUUGUCUAAAUCGAUUAUCCAGAGACCAUUCAUGAGUUUUUUGUAUUUCAAAAAAGAAAAGAAAAAAAUACCUGUGUUAUAUACAUUUUAGGAAGUUAUAAUCUUAUUACGGUUUUGCUUUCAUUAAAGCAUUCCCACCGAAAUAAUUCGGUUAUACAUUAUUAGAUCACAAUAAAAAUAUCAAUGAAGUUAUUUAGAAAACCGCCUUUGAAUAUUGACCCAUACACAAUUCGUGGCUAUGAAUUCUCUUCUCAAUAUUCUAAUGUAACAAAAAUUUUUUAUAUUUUUGUUAGUAUUAAGUGGAUCGGUAUUGGAGCUUCACUUAUUGGAUGUUGAUAACCACUUAGGCUUUCAUUCGGACACAUUUCAAUAGCAGCAUUUGUUGGAGUACAUACAUACUUAUAUUGUGUACUCAAUAUACAAAUUGGGCAAACAUUAAAUUGGUGAUAAAAUUCCAAAAGAAUCAGAUGUCUAGUGUUCGAUAAUUUUAUCAUUGUAUCUGAGGUAUUAAUGAAGUCAGUUAAUGUAAAAAUGUAUACAAAAAUAUUAAACUGCAAUUAUCGAAUUCAAUAGAACGAAAUCCUCUUUCUACCUUCAUAGACUUUUUAUUGAUGACUAAAUAUUUUUUUAAAAUUUGUUAAAAGCAGAAAGAAAAUAUGUCACUGGGCAGAGUCACUGUUUUCCAAGGACAGAUUGGUGAACAUGUUCGUAAAAAUAAGUAACAAUUUCAGCAUCCAUAUCUACGAUGUCUAUGUCUGUCAGUAAUGAAUCUGAAUCUUUCUUAAAUCCCUUCUACCUGAUUCCCCGUAUUUCCACACGAUAUGUGCUUUUGAGACAAAUAUCCGGAGCAAAGCAGAGAAAACGUCUCAAUUGUGUUAAAUUACAACUUGCGGUACCAAAGAACAGAGUUCAGUGUGUUGUAGAGGUAACUAUGUAAGUGUAAAUAUAUGUAUGUCUAUGUGCUGGUAGGUUGGUAGUGGUAUAUCAUAUAUCAUCACAGUUAGAGUCUAUUGUAGAUGUUGAAAAAGUGAAAAAUAAACAAAUAUUUAAUAAUAAUAGCAUUAUUAUUACCACAUACAUAUGUAAGUAUGUGCAGCGUUCAACUGUUAUCCGUGUACGAGUAGUUUUAUCAAAGUCCUACAGCUAAUAAAUGAUAAAUAUUUCUUUGUAUUUUAAUUAAA